GAAGAUGAGCAAGGUAAACCUCCAAUUUUUGAAAGUUAAAUUAUUUGUACACGAACACACACGAUUACCAUAACAGGGGUGGAUCCAGAGAUGUCCAAAAGUGGGGGAAUGCGGGGCCGCCCCACCCCCUAAAUCCUCCCCUGCCAUAAUGCUCCUUUAUAUUUUUCUUUUUUUCAAAAAAGGGCAAUCAUCAUCUGAAGUUGCCGGUAACGUUGAAAGAGAAGCAAAUAGUCGACUUACAGAUGCCAUAAAUGAAGGAGGUUCCCAAAAUAUCACUACCAAGUUGUCAAGACAAGCCACAUCUGGAAUGCUGGAGCCUGGCAACGAUUUCGUUUUGACCAUCUGGGACUUUGGAGGCCAGCCGAUAUAUCACGUGAUACAACGGAUUUUUAUGGCAUCUCUUGCUAUUGUAUGCGUAGUAUUCAAUCUGGCAGAAGACCUUGACGUUCCCGCAAAAGUUAAAGAUCCAACAACUAACGAAAUGUACAAACACCGAAUGACAAACCUUCAGUUUAUUCUUUACUACAUUCGUUCAAUAUUUAUGAAUAGUAGAGACACUAAACUGGAUGAUGGACAACUUUCACCGCCUGUAAUACUGAUAGGUACGCACCUUCGCAGCCUCGAGGGGAGUGAAGAAGAAAGGAAGAAUAAGGCAAAAGCAAUAUUCCGUAAAAUUGAAGAAGCUUUGGCGGGAAAACCUUAUGAAGCAAUGGUGAGUUCAUCGUAUUUUACUAUUGAGAACAGCGUAUCGUUCGAUGCUUCCAAAAUCAAGGAACUAAUCUUGAAAUUCGCCAAGAAAAUCGUCAGAAGUCUCCCUCUGAAAUGGUUGCAAGUUCAACGGAAAAUCCAUGAGUUAAAGAACAAGCAUAUUCAUCUACCAACAUCUGACAUCAUUGCAUUACUUGAUAGUUGUGAGGUAAAACAUGACGCUCAUCGGAUCUUGCUUGAAUAUCUACACGACAUCGGCGAGCUCCUCUACUUUCCUGAUGAUGAAGCCUUAAAGGAGAUUAUUGUUUUAAAUUUGAUGCAAAUAGUCGGCAUGUUUAAAACAAUAAUAACUGUUGUAGAUCCUGAGUUUCAAGAACCACUAUUAAAAGAGGCUUGGAGAAAAUUGGACUCUGGGAUCUUAGAGGAGCAUCUCUUGAGACAUCUCUGGAAGAAGUUCGAUCUUUCAGAAGAAGCAUUUAACUUCUUUAUCUCUCUGAUGCAGAAGUUUGGACUGGUUUGUGAGAGAAAGAUUAAAGAGGGUGAACGUAUUUUUUACGUUCUGUCACGCCUGAAACCUGAAUAUGUAGAUUUAUUGCCCAUUGAGGAUUAUGGAAAACGCGCUGUUUCUAUUUUUCAUGAUUUCGGCGGCUAUCUGCCAGAUGACUUAUUCCAGCGUGGUGUAACUAAAUUCAUUGAGAAAUUUCAAGUUGAAGAGAGUGAACCUAAGCUAGCUUUCGAGCAUGUGGAGUUGGACAUUCAGUAUCACCGCGUGAUUUUGAAUGUGGCCACCAUCAAACAUCGUCGUAUGUUCCAGACAACAAUUAUCAGAAGAAUGAUCUUCAACAGCGAUGGAGAGGAAGAUGAGCCAUCACCUAGUGUGUGUAAAGAGGUGCUGAAAUUCCUCCAAGAAAAACUACGGCUUUUUUGCCAGAGUGGUGCAAGAGGGGUUAAAAUAACAUUGUACAUCCCCUGCGUGUGUAGUAGAAACAUGAGAGACGCUCACAUGCAUAUCUUGCAUAACUUUGAUAAGAAAGUUCUGCCAUGUGGAAGCAAUGGAAUGGAAAUGACGCGCUACCGUCGGCUAUUUUGUGAUUACAGACCUCCGCAAGGGUGUUUACCUCUACCAGCAAUAGGCCUAACUCCUACAGGUAACUUUGCAGAUUGUUUAGCUGGAGAAGGCCUUCAAUGGCCAAAAGUCAAUAGGUUUUUAGCUGAUGAACAACAGACAGAACAGGCUAUCGUCAGUAUGUUGACGUAUUGGAGGGACAGUCUUGAUAGAGAUAGACAUCAACUGAAAGUACUGUGCAUUGCUCUGAGAGAACAUGGUAAUGUGCGUCUAGCUGGAGAGUUAUACCAGGGUGAUCUUGAUGAUGAAACUACGCCCAUUGCGAUACAUAUUGGCCACUUGGCAGAUGUCGACAUGCUGUUCAUUGCCAAACAUUUGAGCAAUGAUUGGAUAACCCUAGGCAUCAUUCUUGGUUUUAAGCGAUCUGAAUUACAGCAAAUUGAGCUAUGCUUUCGAUUCUCGGUGGUUGAAGCCAGUAUUGAAAUGCUGGUGAAGUGGCGGGAAAAGCACGAAGCUAAUGUUAACCAUCUUGCAAUGAUGGAUGGUGCUCUAGAACAACUUGAAAGAGAAGAUAUAAGGGAAGAGCUCCAGACAUACUACCAACAAAGAUAUCAACAGCAAAAUAUUCAACAAAUAUAAGUGUUGGGAAAGUUACAAUUAUAGGCAUUGACUGUUAAUAUUAUGCCUUCAAUUAACAGUGUAGAUAAAGUUAAUUAUGGAAUUAUCAAAUCCUCUCUACUACAUGUAUUAUAUUUAAAAUUGUUCAUAGACUUACGUACCACACAAUUCUUGUCAUAUUUUUAUUGUUAUAUUGACAAAAUGAAUUUAUAGAGUACUACAGUGUUAUGUCACAAU